UAGAAAGCGAGAGUUGACUUGGGGAAGGAGCGCUGGUCUGGGGGAGGCUCAGUUCUGGUUCCGGUCUCAGUGUGACCGGACCUCCCUUGGCCGUCUGGGUCUGAGGCCGGUCUGUGCCGAUCAGGCAGGCGGGCAUGUCCCUGCCGGUCCCUCGGCCCCUCCGCUUCCGCAGAGCCCGGGAGCUGUCCCACGCCGGCAACGGAGUUCAACUGGCAGAGCCCUGGGGAAGCUGAGGAAGGUGUGGUCCUGGCGCCUUGGACCCCCUGGUCUCCUUGGGAAUGAAGGUCUUCAGGGUUCUCGUGGUCUUUGCCUCCUGCCUGAUGGCCCCCACCCACAGCAGCUUCUGGCAGUUUCAAAGGAUGGUCAAACGCAUCACCGGGCGAAGUGCCUUCUUCUCCUAUUACGGAUAUGGCUGCUACUGUGGGCUUGGGGGCAAAGGGACCCCCGUGGAUGACACUGACAGGUGCUGCCUGGCCCACGACUGCUGCUACGAGAAGCUGAAGCGGCUGGGCUGCCAGCCGGUGCUGAACAGCUACCAGUUCCGUGUCGCCAAUGGGACCGUGCUCUGUGAAUGUGCCCUUGGUCCUGGUGUCUGCUGCCUCUGUGGGCUGAGGGCCUGCGAGUGUGACAAGCAAUCUGCAUACUGCUUCCGAGAGAGCCUGCCCACCUACGAGAAAAACUUCAAGCAAUUCUUCUCCAGUCGGCCCCGCUGCGGCCGCCGCAAACUCCAGUGCUAGCGAGGCCAUGCGGUCCCUGCUGGGCACCAGCAUCUGCCCCAGUACCACCCUUCCGGGGAGCCUUCUCACUGUCCCCAGCAGGCUCCUGUUCUCACAGCUGACCCUUCGGCAUCUGGCCUGGGCUGGAGGUCAACAGUGGGCAAGACAAAAUCCUGACCUUCUAAGGUGGGAGAUAGACCAUAAAUAUACACAUAAAUAAAUGAUAUAUUCCAAUGGCAGUAAGCUCUAGGAAGCAAUAAAACAAGGUGACAGGGGAGGGAGAUGUCCCCAUCCCCCAUCUCAGGAAGUUUCCAGGGAGGGAGAGGCCCCAGGAUCCACCUUAAAUGCUCCGUCCAUCCCCACCCCAAAUCAAGACGUGGGGUGGACUUGGGAACCAGGCCUGCAACCCAGAACCAGCUUGAGGGCUGCCAUCUUGGUCUGAGCCACCCUCACCUCGUUUCUGGGCUACCACUUGCCCUUCAUCGUUCUCUCUGCUUCCACCCUCGGCCUCUGCAAUCCCUCGUCCACACAGCAGCCGGUCAGCAGGGUGCCUGGUGUCUGACUGUGUCACUCCUCUAUCACACCCUCCACCGGCUCCCCAUUUCCCUCUGAGUAGGAGCCCUGAAGCCACGCAUGAUCGUCCCCUCCCAACCUCACCUCCUGGACUCUCCUUCCCGACCCUGGCCUCCAUGCCAUGUACUGAACACACUAGGGACACGCCCUCCUGAGGAUCCUGCCCCGGAGGUUCCCUCUGCCUGGAAGGUGCUUCCCACGUGCCUCACUCUCUGCCUCCUUCAGGUGCUUGCUGGAAUCUCAGCUUCCUAAUAAAGCCUGUGCCGACCACCCCCUUUGAUACUGCACACCCUCCCCGACCUCUCCCCUCCCCUUUGUCCAGUUCUCUUCUCUGUUACCGAUGCAGUGUGCACUCCCUGGUACGCACUGUUCAUUGUCUGCCUCCCCCCGUGGAAGAUGCACUCCUGAAGGCAAGGAUCUGUGUCCUUUUCCCUCGCUGAUGUAUAUGUCGAAUGACAUGAGGUCAGGGCAGGAUGUGCAAUGUGGAAGGACUGCAUUAGCUCAGCGUGGGGAGCAUGGAACGUGGGGGUGGAUUUUAAAGCAAGCUGAAGUGAUGC